AUGUCUGAUCCAAGAACUCCUAUUCUUACCAACAAUGCACCAAAACCUCUUCCUGGGAUCUACUCCCAGGCUAUCGUAGCCCAUGGCUUUGUAUACUGCUCGGGUAGCGUCCCAAUGGACCCUGUCUCUAUGAAAAUCAUCGACGGUGAUAUCCAAGCACAUACACAUCAAUGCAUCAAGAACCUCUCUGCCAUUCUUGAAGCAGCCGGAUCAAGCAUAAAACAUGUCGUCAAAGUAAAUGUAUUCCUAGCGGAUAUGGAUGAUUUCUCGAAAAUGAAUGAGGUGUACAUGACCUACUGGGGAGAUGUUAAACCUUGCCGGACGUGUGUUGCGGUGAAGACGUUGCCUCAUAAGACGGAUGUGGAGAUUGAGUGUACCGCUGUGCAGGUUAAUGAAGUAGUUGAAAAGGAAUAA